CGCCCGCCCGCGAGGCAGCAGGAAGGGUGCCGGGAGGGGAGCAGCCACAAAGCCAGCCGAACCCUUCCCUCAGGCAGCCUCAGCCGCCAAGCUCCGUGUGAGAGCAGGACGGCGCUGCUGCUCGUGACCGCCGAGCGGGGCUUUGUCUGCUGAGAGACGCCGGUGGUACCCACCCCCUUUGCGCCAAGCCAGCCAGCCAGCCAGCCCGCGCACCUGCCUGCGCUUGUGGGGAAGCCGAGAAGGGACGCUGCGCGAUUUGCAAAGCACAGAUUAACUGUCCAAGAUGUCCUUUGUGAGAGAUAUGGAGCUAGAACACUUUGACGAGCGCGACAAAGCGCAGCGCUACAGCCGAGGGUCGCGGGUGAACGGCCUGCCUAGCCCGACCCACAGUGCCCACUGCAGCUUCUACCGCACCCGCACCCUACAGACCCUCAGCUCCGAGAAGAAGGCCAAGAAAGUCCGCUUCUAUCGCAACGGGGACCGCUAUUUCAAAGGGAUUGUAUACGCCAUCUCUCCCGACCGGUUUAGAUCUUUCGAGGCCCUGCUGGCUGAUCUGACUCGGACUCUCUCUGAUAACGUCAAUCUGCCCCAGGGUGUGAGAACAAUCUAUACCAUUGAUGGAGUCAGGAAGAUUACCACCUUAGACCAGCUGGUGGAAGGAGAGAGCUAUGUGUGUGGUUCAAUAGAGCCCUUCAAGAAGCUGGAGUACACAAAGAAUGUAAAUCCCAAUUGGUCAGUGAAUGUGAAAACCACCGCCGCUGCCCGCGCAGUGGCCUCUCUUGCCUCGGCCAAAGGAAGCCCUUCAGACCAGAAGGAGAACAAGGAUUUCAUUCGGCCUAAACUGGUCACAAUCAUCAGGAGUGGUGUGAAGCCCCGUAAAGCAGUCCGGAUUCUGCUUAACAAGAAGACAGCGCAUUCAUUUGAGCAGGUUCUCACUGAUAUCACUGAUGCCAUCAAGCUGGAUUCCGGAGUAGUUAAGCGCCUGUACACACUGGAUGGGAAACAGGUGAUGUGCCUUCAGGAUUUUUUUGGCGAAGAUGACAUAUUCAUUGCAUGUGGCCCUGAAAAGUUUCGUUAUCAGGAUGACUUCUUGCUAGAUGAAAGCGAAUGUCGGGUAGUGAAAUCCACUUCCUAUACCAAAAUAGCUUCAACACCACGUAGGAGCACUACCAAGAGUCCUGGUCCGUCUAGACGCAGCAAAUCUCCAGCAUCCACCAGCUCAGUUAAUGGAACUCCUGGUAGCCAGCUUUCUACUCCCCGCUCUGGGAAGUCUCCAAGCCCUUCUCCCACCAGCCCAGGAAGCCUGCGGAAACAGAGGAGCUCUCAGCACAGUGGCUCCUCUACCUCACUAGCAUCUACCAAAGUCUGCAGCUCCAUGGAUGAAAAUGAUGGACCUGGUGAAGAAGUGUUGGAGGAAGGCUUCCAGGUUCCAGCCUCUAUAGCAGAGAGAUAUAAAGUUGGCCGGACUAUAGGAGAUGGAAAUUUUGCCAUUGUAAAGGAGUGUAUAGAAAGGUCAACUGGUAGAGAAUAUGCUCUGAAAAUCAUCAAAAAAAGUAAAUGUAGAGGAAAAGAGCAUAUGAUCCAGAAUGAAGUGGCCAUUUUAAGAAGGGUCAAGCAUCCCAAUAUUGUUCUUCUGAUUGAGGAAAUGGAUAUGCCCACUGAGUUGUACCUUGUCAUGGAGCUUGUAAAGGGCGGAGACCUUUUUGAUGCCAUUACUUCCACAAACAAAUAUACAGAGCGGGACGCUAGUGGGAUGCUGUACAAUCUGGCCAGUGCCAUUAAAUAUCUUCAUAGCUUGAACAUCGUCCACAGGGAUAUCAAACCUGAGAAUCUGCUGGUUUAUGAGCACCAAGAUGGGAGCAAGUCACUGAAGCUGGGAGAUUUUGGACUGGCCACCAUCGUUGAUGGGCCUCUUUAUACCGUCUGUGGGACACCUACUUAUGUAGCUCCAGAAAUCAUUGCAGAAACUGGAUAUGGCCUGAAGGUGGACAUCUGGGCAGCUGGUGUGAUUACUUACAUCCUGCUGUGUGGUUUUCCUCCAUUCCGUGGAAGUGGCGAAGAUCAGGAAGUCCUUUUUGAUCAGAUUUUGAUGGGACAAGUAGACUUUCCAUCCCCCUACUGGGAUAAUGUUUCCGACUCUGCAAAGGAACUUAUUACUAUGAUGCUACAGGUAGAUAUAGACCAGCGAUUUUCGGCUUUGCAAGUCCUUGAACACCCAUGGGUUAAUGACGAUGGCCUUCCAGAGAAUGAGCAUCAGUUGUCUGUAGCUGGAAAGAUCAAAAAGCAUUUCAACACAGGCCCCAAGCCCAACAGCACAGCUGCUGGAGUUUCCGUUAUAGCAACCACCGCUCUUGAUAAGGAGAGGCAGGUUUUCCGACGAAGACGCAACCCGGAUGUGAGGGGGCACUGCAAGGCACAACAAGCACCACCUGAUCUCAACUCCGAAUCGGAAGACUAUUCACCCAGUUCAUCUGAGACUGUUCGCUCACCUAAUUCACCCUUUUAAUAAAACACUUUUGCUGAAAGUCUUGGCUUAACCCUUUGAGAUUCUGAAAACAAACAAACAAAAAUCAUCCAAACCUGUGUGCAACAGUUUCAUUUGAUUUCUUCUUCUUCUUCUUCUUUUUUGUCUGUAUCAGUUGCUUGAAGAAGGAACCACAGAAAAGGUGCUUACAGUAUCUUCGUAAUAAUAAUUUCCCAAAUGACUGAAAUCAUCUUUGUUCUUUGUCUAGAUUGUGACUUGCUGCUAAAUAUGAUCCUCAAAGGGUUAAGACUACUUUGCUUUUUUUUCUAAUAUACAUAUAUAUAUAUAAAUAAAUAUAUAUAUAAUUUUCAAAGGGGAUAGAAGCAAUGAAUGUUUUCAUCAGCCAAGCUACAGUAUAUGACAAGCAUAUGUUAACCCUCUGAGUGCAUAAUCUUAAAUAAUCUUGACUUGCCCCAAAGAGGGCUUUAUCAUCAACACAUUUUCCUGCAGCACUCAAAUUGAUGGUCUAGCCAAAGUGCUACGUAGUUACAGAAUCUGGAUUGUGAUGAUUUUUGUAGAGUCUGGUUUUGUACCAGGGGUACAAAUAGUCACCCAGCAGCUACUGGGAUCUUUACAAAACAAUCCACUGGGCAUCUGAAUUGUUGGAGAGAUCAACGAUAGAUUUGUUCGUUCUCAUGUUUUGCUGAAAAAAGCACCCUCAUUUUAGCGCAUUGCAUCUAGAAAUUCUCACCAUUUCUAGGCGUGUUCUGCCAUGAUUACUUGUUGAAAUAAUUUCAUAGGCAGUAGAUCUGUCUAAGAACAAUCUGUGUAGGGUGCUGUUUGUAGUUCCCUGGUUGCUGGCUGCAACACAGUUUCAUGGGAGUCUACAGUGGAAUGAAUGUCCCAUCAUCCAUACUCUGCUGUGCAAAAAGUCCUCCUUUCUGUACAUUCUUUUUAGAGACACAGGUACAUGCAGAAGGCAUGUUUGGGAGCAGGCAAUAAACACAAUCUUUUUUUUCAUGCCAUGGAUUGUUCUUCUGGGCGUUAUUGUGGUGUUAUUUAUAUGGUGAGGGGUGCUCUUUACAAUGACUGGACGGGGGGAUGCUUUGCAGAGGAAAUUAUUCUACAGACAGUGUAAAUUAAAGAAGAGAUUUGAAAUUCCAAACAUAAAUAACCUUUGUUUUAAAAAUAAAGUGGCUAGCACUUACUCAUCUAAUGUGUUUGUACAAAUUAUACUUACCAGAAUUUAGUCUGCGAGUGUGUGUGAGAGAGACAGACAGCAAAUGGGGCAAAAAUUCCAAAAGUAAAUGUUUCAUCAGUGCUUUGAAAACAUAAUUAACCUACAAGAAUCAUUUGAUUUUUAAAAUAACGUUGGUUCCAAAAUGUAAUAAUGUUUGUAAAGAUGGUCUCUGUUCAUUCACCAGUCACUCUAGUUGAAUUAAAAAAAAAACCUUGGUUUUUAAGGCAUGGUUCUCAAAGUGUUAUUGAGGAGGCUUUAGAAGAAAUGCAGGAUGGUAAAAUUCAUAUCUAGAGGUUAUAGAAAUUUUGCUUUGAGAUACGAAACACCUGAGAUGGGGAGAUCACAAUAGCAGCAAUCCUGUUCACUUGGUCUAUUUAAAUACUGACAAAGGUAAUGGCAUUUAAGCAGCUUAAGUGGAGAAAGGAUUUCAGCCAGUGGAAUGAAAGAUAUUUGAUUGAACCCUUUUUGUUCAUUAUAAAAGCAUAAUUGAUAUAAAACCAAUUGGACCCAUCUCUGUCAAGUUGCUUGUUAGUAUCAUCAGUGAGAGCAAUUCAUUCAUGGCCUAAGCACAUAGGUUAUGUACCUGGUAGGGUAUACAAGUAAGCCUCAAGACAGUUCUUGCCUGGUCCUCCAUUGCAUGACCUCUAAUAAGAUUCAGUGCUUUUAAGAAUAAGUGCCAAUGCCAGACAUCCACCAAAACCAAUGAAGGGCCAAUAAGCAGGGCCAAUCACAAAGGCAUAUAAGCUCAGUUUUCAUUCACUACUAUUUUUAUGAAUGGACUGAGGUUCACUCUCCCUCCUCAAUGCACGGAUCACCUUUGUGCCAGGACCAGCCCCAAGUUCUGUAGCUUAUACAUUUUUCCCCAUGGGGCAGUCGUUAUAGCAAAAGCAUUAUUGCUUCAAUAAUGUAUGUAAAAAGCCACUCUCUUAUUUUAUGUUUUUAUUACACUUGUUCACAUUAUCAAGAACUGAACAAACUACAAAACUCUUGAUGGAAGGUGAUUACUCAUUCGGACAGCUACAAACCAGCCAUCUAGAAUGCUCUCAUCUGUUUGGAGCUCUGUAUUUUUUAAUUAUUAUUUUAACUGGGCUUCGUGUGUUUUCAACAAGUAUAAUUUCCCCCAGGAUUUUGAUGGAUGGAGAGCAUGAUCCCACUCACCACAUUUGGCUGCAACAAUCCACACAGUUUAGCCAAUUCAAAACUCCCCAGGCGCCACUAUAAUAGGGUUGCCAUACUUCCAGAAUUUCCCAGGCAUAUUUGCCAUACUGCAAUCAGAAGAAG